UCCCGUCCUCUGUUGUUGGGGGCGGAGCUAGGGGGCCCGCGGUGCACGCUGGGAACCUGGCGGACCCGGGGGCGGCUGAGCGAGCGGGCAGCGCGGAGCGGCGGCCAUGGACGUCUUCCUCAUGAUCCGGAGGCACAAGACGACCAUCUUCACGGACGCCAAGGAGUCCAGCACCGUCUACGAGCUCAAGCGCAUCGUGGAGGGGAUCCUCAAGCGGCCCCCCGAGGAGCAGCGGCUCUACAAGGACGACCAACUGCUGGACGAUGGGAAGACGUUGGGCGACUGCGGGUUCACCAGCCAGACGGCGCGGCCCCAGGCCCCGGCCACCGUGGGGCUGGCCUUCCGUGGCCCCGGGGACGAGGCCUUCGAGCCGCUGCGCAUCGACUCCUUCUCCAGCCCCCCAGAGCUGCCGGACGUCAUGAAGCCGCAGGACUCGGGGUCCGGGGCGAACGAGCAGCCCGUGCAGUGACCCCACCCCCUCCGCUGGGGCUCUGCGCCCCCCUCACCAGAUGCUCCUCCUCCUGUUGCCCCUCCUCCCGCCCCCUUUCUGGAAUCAAUAAAGGACCUGCCUCGUU